AUGAACUGGAUUCUGUGUUCAUUCAAGUCGAGUGAGGUGGUGGAUGAAAUUUUGAACGGAGGCCCGUGGUAUGUGAAUAGGAGCAUUGUGGGGAUGGACAAGUGGACGCCUGAGUUUGAUCCAAAUUCUUUUAAAGGGAUUUCUGCUCCAAUCUGGAUUAGAUUACCGUGCUUACCUCUGUAUUGCUGGGAUGAAGACAGUAUUGCAAGAAUUGCUUCGUGUCUUGGAUCACCAAUGUACCUUGAUGGCAAUACGUUUCGCUGGAGUAAGCGUGAAUUUGCUCGUGUUUGCGUCAAGAUUGACUUGGAGAAAAAACUGCCAAAUGGAAUUUGGGUGGAAGGAAUAGCUGGAAGAUUUUUUCAAAGGGUGGAGUAUGAAAAAGUUGAUUUAUUUUGCUACCAAUGUGGUAAAGUGGGGCAUGAGUCCAAAACAUGUCCUGAUAAUGUGAAGAUUGGUAUCCAGGAUCAAUCUAAGAAGUUGACUGACAAAGGUACGGGUGAAAGAUUAAAGCCUGAUGCUGAAGGAAAAGGUGGAAAUGUGAAGGGAAAUAUUGAGGAGAAUAGAGUUUCCAGUAAUCAUCAGGUGGAUUCAAUUGAAACAAUUACAUAUGAAAAUGAGAAGGGCAUGAAUGAGAUUAAGGAACAUGCUGAAGUAGCUGAGGGGACUCUAUUGCAAAAUCCUGUUAAUAUGAUGGAUUUUACUGCGGUUGCUGAGAAAUGUGAGACUCUUACAAAUAACAGAUAUGCUGCAUUGGGAGCAAGAAAAAGGGAGGCUUCCUUGUAUUUGAAAGAAGUUGUUAAGGAACAUGGAGUUUUCUUUGUUGGACUUAUAGAGACAAAGUUAUCUAGCAUUGAUAGAAAGGAGAUUGAUUAUCUUAUUGGCAGUGAGUGGGAGUUCUUUCAUUAUCCUGUUGUUGGUAUCUUUGGUGGCAUUCUAGUUCUUUGGAAUAGCAAGUUGGUGUCUUUUGAUGUUUUGGAAGCUUCUUCUCAGGUGGUUAUUGGCAAUCUUUUAGUUCCCUCUCUUGGAACUUGGAAAAUUGCUAGUGUGUAUGGUAGUAGAUGUUGCAAGGAGAGAAGUGAACUUUGGAAACAAUUGGAAAAGCAUUUGACAAAUGACAUUCCUUCUAUUAUAGGAGGAGACUUCAAUUGUAUUAUCAACAAAGAAGAUAAGAAAGGAGGGAAGAGAUUCUUAUUCUCUAAGGGACCUAGGGAGAUGAAAGGUUUUAUGAUGAAUGCAGAUUUUCAUGAUAUAGGAUUUGUGGGGCCAAGAUUCACCUGGUUUACUAGACAUCUUAUGAGAUUGGCGUCGGAUCAUUGUCCAAUUGUUCUUAAGAUGGAUGAGAAGGUGCAGUUCAAGUCUAAGAAUAUUAGAUUUAAAGAUACUUGGAGGUCUUAUCUAGCAUCCAAGAGCAUUGUUUUUCACUCUUGGAACAAGAAGGAUUUGGGAGAUGAAUCUGUGAUUCUUCAAAGAAAGCUUAGUCGCACUCUUAAAGCUCUAUUCUUUUGGAAUAAGAACAAAUGCAGGGAUUUAAAUUCUUUGAAGGAAUAG